AUGUAUCAUGAUUUCCAGGUUAACCUCAAUCCCAGCCUCAAUCCCACUACGCAAUCACCUCAACAAUCGUCAUUUCAGAUCGUGAACUACAGGAGGGGGGAGUUGAAGCUUUCCCACCCAAUCUUGCGCAAGGAGCACCGAUUGCAAAUUGAGGGCGAGGGCAAGGGUGUGGGAGAGGGCGUGGAGAUUUCAGUACAAUGGGAAGAUCUGGAGAGAAUCAAGGGAGAGGUCGGUCUGGUGAGGCAUCCAGGGGGUAGCAAGAAGGGGCAGGGGAAGAGCCCAGAGCGCCGUACUCACUUAACAGCUGUUCAACUAUCUCACUUACCAAGGCCAAUAUUUGAUUCUUCGAUUCAUAUCAGUCGCACUCUUACACCACACACAGCUACAGCUCGAGCCGACUUUUACGAGGUUCCCAUCCAGUCGUCCUUUGAUUUCAGCCAUCCCUCUGUGGCCGACCCAUGGUCUGGCAAUCUUACUCAGCCGUUCAACAAUGCCCGCGAUUCAAGUCCCGAUGCUGAUGUUGAAGACUCAGUAGACUUCUACCAACAUAUGCAAGAAGAUCAAGCCCCCGACAAUCAAAUCGACAAGGAGAUCGAAAGCCAGAUGCCAGACAGUGUGUUGGCCCCUGAUUUUUCUUCCACACAACAGCAUAUUGUAUUUGACGACCUCACAUACUCAGCAUCAGGACAAUACAGCUAUCAAAACCCGGCUAUUCAACUCCCUGCACCACCCACAUCAUCAAAUAUAAUUGCCUUGUCUUCGGCAUCUUCUCAAGGUUGGGAUUCUGCGCCUAGAGCGCCCUCAUCAUAUAUCCAGCAGCCGGUCUUGCAGCCUCUUCCUAUGGCACCUCCAAUGCACCUCCAACCCCCACAACCACCUGCGUAUAUUGCACCAGGUUCGUACAUCCAGCCUCAGCGGUCUGCUUACAUUGCACCUCCACCAUACGUCAUGGCUUCGUUGCACCCUCCCAAUCCUGCCUCAUCUGCGCCUGCACCUGUCCAUAGCGUGCCUUUGUCACACCCUCCCAACCCUACCUCAUUUGUGCCCGCUCCCAUCCAUGUUGCGUCCUUGUUGCAUCCUCCUAACCCUGCCUCAUCUGCGCCUCAACAAGCUCCCCAGCGCAACAUACAAUCAGGAGGACAGCCUGUUGCUUUAGGGAGGAGAGAGGGGCCUCGGAGAGGCGGCUUUGUACUCAAUCAAGUCAUCACGGAACAUGGUCCUGAAAGGGACAUUGUAAACAAGUACCGCAAAAAAAAUUGCGCGGCCCCACUCCCCUCAAUGUCCUCAUUCUCCCAUGUACGAGAACACUCCGGCAGCUCUGAAAAACCCAGCACUUGCCGACAGUCAAAACGCAGGAAGAACAAUACUGAAGGCUAUUUCCACCUCACGUCGGCUACAGUCAAACGGGCAUCCGACAGGUUACGGAUACACACCAUCAAAAUUGAAGCCAUGCCAGAGAACCAGUUUGCAGAGGCCGAAAAAGUUUUGGAGGAGGUGUUGAAGGAACUGAAUAGCCCUUGUAAAGGGAAUGACAUGGAUCACCACCCUGACGAUAUCAAGGAGCAAGUGGCUAGACACUUCCCAGAAGUUCUCAAUUUAACAAUCAUGAACACUAUGUAUGGCACUCGCGGUAACUUCAAAUCAAGCGCCAGUAGUAUGUGCAAAGACGUGUAUGGGCUUUGCCUGCCAGCCGACAAUAUGUGGGACAUAACCGUCUCUGAGACGGAGUUCACCAAGGACCGAGUUGUGAAUCUCCUCAAGAAGCCUAAUCGUGCAUUAUUGCAUGGAGGCAUAGGCCAUAAUGGUAAAUGUCAAUACUUCCAACACCCAGCUGUUAUCAAUAUAAUCCUUGACGUUCUCUACAAGGUGAAGACAGGUCUAGGUCACAUUUUUUCAAGUCAAUUAGGUCCCCUUGCUGCACAUGUUACAAUUGCGUUGGCAGCUACAGCCUUGUAUGCGGUGCUCAAGGAACUGAAGACUGGUGUUUUUGAGCCUACCGACUUCUCCGUCAACGCAUUCCGUAAAUUCUACAAGGAGAUGUCUUCGCUGAUUUUUGAUACUAUUUUGCAAGACAACGAUCUCAAGGAGGACUACCUCGAGUUCCUCGCUUUUGUAGUUGCCCGCGGCAUAUUGAUGUAA